AAGGAAAAUUUUUACCAGCCGAAAGGUUGGAAAAAAGAGUUCAGGAGGACCUACUUAAUUUGCGAGAAAUGGGAUUUUGCCCCGGCAUUGAAAAUUACGCACGUUAUUUUGACGGCCGAAAAACGGACGAAACCCCUUUUGUUCUACUGGAUUACUUUCCGGAUGAUUUUUUGACCAUUAUUGAUGAAUCCCACAUUACCAUUCCUCAAAUCAAGGCCAUGUAUAACACGGAUCGGUGUCGCAAAGAAACCUUAGUAAAAUAUGGCUUUCGUUUGCCUUCUGCUUUGGAUAACCGACCCCUCAACCAAGAGGAAUUUUUUGCCAAAAUUAAUUAUGCUCUUUAUGUUUCGGCCACUCCCGGCAAUUUCGAAUUAGCCAAAGCAAAUUAUCGGCCAGUUGAGCAAAUUAUCCGUCCGACCGGCUUGCUGGACCCCCAGAUAGAAGUAAGAACCACCCGUAACCAAAUUGCCGAUAUCAUAGAAGAAAUUAAAGACAAGAGCCUCCGCGGAGAAAAAGUUCUUAUUUAUGCCUUAACCAUUGCCAUGUCCGAAGAUAUUGCUAAUUACUUACAAGAAAGAGAAAUACGAGUGGUCUAUCUCCACAGUCGUUUAGAAAUAUUUGAAAGAUAUCAAACCAUUACUAGUUUACGACGAGGAGUUUAUGACGUAAUUGUAGGGAUUAACCUCCUCAAAGAAGGAAUAGAUUUGCCGGAAGUCUCGUUGGUCUGUAUUUUGGAUGCCGACAAACCCGGAUUUUUGCGGGAUACUCGCUCGCUGAUUCAAAUAAUUGGUCGGGCUUCCCGUAAUAGUAAUGGCAGAGUGAUUUUAUAUGCUGACAAAAUUACGGAAAAUAUGCUUGGUGCCAUUGAGGAAACUAAUCGCCGACGGCAAAUCCAAAAGGAAUACAAUAAGCAGAAUGAUAUCAUCCCCCAAACGGUAGAAAAACCGGUUAAAGAUAUUGCUUUGGACCCACUAAUAGCCCUUUUGGUAGAAAAAGCCCAAAAAGGAGAGAUGAAAGAGAGAGAAGUGAUUAAACUAGUCAAAUCUCUUGGAAAAAGCAUGAAGGAGGCCAUUCGAGCUCUUACUCCUAACUCUCUUGCCCAAGCCGCGGCUUUUCGUGACGCUCUUAUCGACUUAAAAAAAGGAGAUUUUA